UGUCACUUUCUUGACGUCACUUCCGUCAUAAAGUCCUUUGCGAAAGAGUUUGACCAAGAUGGCGUCAACGCAGCUAACCGACGAGGAUAUUUUCUCCGAAUUGAAGCGCUUUGGUUUCACUCCUGGGCCGGUGACCGAAAGAACUCGACCGGUGUACUUGAAGAAACUGAAGAAGCUUCGGGAGGAGCGGCAGCAGCAGCGAGGGGUUCGAGCCGCCAAAACCCGCAGCGGCGGCGGGGCCAUCAACAUCAACACGGCGGGAUUCGGGCCAGCCAGUCGUGACGUCACGCACCUGAGCUCCAGCAGGAGACCCGGCCGGAAGUCGACCGUUCUCGGGUUCAGCUCGGACGAGUCUGACGCUGAAACGCCACUGAAAAGAAGCGACGGGGGACCGAAACAACAAGCGAAAAAGCCCGCCGAAGCCCCGUGCGUUACGAGUCGACAUGGCGCCGGGAGUACACUGAACAAUUCUCCAGACACGGUCUCGUCGAGUUGGGGACUCGGUGUUAAAUCUUGCCCGGAAGUGGAUGGAAGGGAUUAUGGCGACUCCGAGGACGAAUCUGACGGCGGGGAAGACAAGUCUCCUCGCUCUUUAAAUGGCAGCAGGGCGUCACACUUAAACAGCAGCAAGCUAGCCGGGAAUUACUCCGACUCGGACGAGGAGGGGAUUUGGGGCCUUGGUGGAGACAGACAGCGGGGUAGUCUGGAGCCCAGACGGGGCCACGCAAAGGCUGGUUUCUUACCCCACGCCAACGCCCGUGGGUCUCACACACCCGGGGGUCUAAAUAUGGUGGGGAGACGUCGGGAAGAGGACGAAGGAGACUCUUCAAACAGAAGGGACUCUACGAGAAAGACUAUCUACGUGUCCCUCUCCGAGAACCACAGAGGAGAAGCGGACAAAAACCACCACGCCGACGAGGAGAAUAGUACACCAAGUCGGUUCAGCAUCGGCCUUAGACCGCGCUUUUCCACCUACAGCAGCCUGGCCCAGACCUACAGGGCCAACCACUCCAACCACAACUCCCCCAACCACUCUUACAGCCCCCCGCUGCAAAAGGACAAGCCACCCGCCGGACCGGAGGAUGACAUUUUCCAGCAGUUCAAAAGGGAAGAGGUGGCGACCCCGAGCAGCUUCACCGCCCACUACCUGUCCAUGUUCCUGUUGACCGCAGCCUGCCUCUUUUUUCUCCUGUUGGGCCUCAUGUACCUCCGGAUGAGAGGCACUGGGUCACCGGAAGUGGAAGGCGUCGUUAAGAAUCACCCUUUUGGCAGUGAGUUUGAUGAUACAUAUGACAAGCCUGUGAGGGACCUCAUCUUGAAGUUGCUUCUCAAUCUCCACGACCAUCUGGCACACGUUGCUGGCCGACAUGACUGUGGAGAUCAGCAGUACCCAAACAGAAGUCUGUCCAUAGCUGAGGCCUCUGCAUAUUUGAUGGCUCAAAAUGAGGAGUAUGAAGAUUUAAUCUACUCGUCACUUGAGUGGAUCAACCGGACAUGCCAAGAUGUUGGGAUAAGGCUCAUCGGGCAGGUAGCCGAUGAGCCCAUGACUGAUGUGUCGGAAAUCUCCCGGCUGGAAUCGACACAUCCAAAGAUGCCCUUCAUGUGCCGCUUCCGCCGAGCUUUCUUUACCGUCAUCAGCAGAGUCUUCCUUUUUGUGGCCGUUGUUGGUGGCGUGUGGGGUCUGGUCUGCUACGUCAAGUAUCGCUGGAAGAAAGAGGAGGAACAAACCAGGCAGAUGUACCACAUGGUGGAGAGGAUAAUUGAUGUGCUGAGGAGCCAUAAUGAGGCAUGCCAAGAGAACCAAGACCUUCAGCCCUACUUGCCCAUUCCCCAUGUCAGAGACUCCCUUGUCCAACCUAAGGACCGGAAGAAAAUGAAGAGGAUUUGGGAGCGUGCAGUGAGCUUUCUGUCUGCGAACGAAUCGAGAAUCCGAACAGAGAGCCAGAUAAUUGGGGGGGCCGACUAUCUUGUCUGGAGGUGGAUCCAACCGUCUCUCAGUUGCGAUAAGACCACCUCAAUCCCCUCGAAAGUCUGGCAGGGAAAAGCCUUCCCGCUGGACCGCAGGAAUUCCCCUCCAAACAGCCUAACCCCGUGUCUUAAGAUCAGGAACAUGUUUGACCCAGUCAUGGAGGUUGGAGAGAACUGGGAUCUCGCCAUCCAUGAGGCCAUCCUGGAGAAAUGCAGCGAUAACAAUGGCAUCGUCCACAUUGCGGUCGACAAGAACUCGCGAGAGGGCUGCGUCUAUGUGAAGUGCCUCUCUGCAGAACACUCAGGGAAAGCCUUCAAGGCACUCCACGGCUCUUGGUUUGAUGGUAAACUGGUGACCGUGAAAUACCUGCGCCUGGACCGGUACCACCAGCGCUUCCCCCAGGCUCAGGCCUGCAGCACACCCCUGACGGCCUCCAGCCUCCACACCAAUGCCACAAGCACCACGAACACUACACCAGGUCUCCAGCCCCACGGCUCGACCGACUCCUCAGGCUUCUCGUGAGAUGAAUUUUUGCAGUUUUUCCUUGCUCGACGUGGAGGACUAAAGUCUGCCAUGGGAGACCUUUUUUUUUUUUUUUUUUUUUACCUUUAUAUAUUACUUAUUUUUCCAGAGUCUUUUCCAGAGGAACUGUCAGUGACACGGUGUUGGUUUUCUACAAUCUUCAUAUUAAAAAAGGUCACAGAUAACCUCUGGAUUUGUUACAAUGCGUGCAAAGACUCCUCCGCCUCCGUCUCUUCCACAGUCUGAUGGAUCGAUACCACAGCUUGCUACGGAUAUUCGGCUUUUGCAUGCGUCGCUGUAUGCCUCCAUGUCAGCAUUGAGGACAGAGAUGUGGGUUUUCCCUCUUUGUUACGCGGGGAAGGCAUGAGCAGACUCAAAGAGGACAUGCUGUGUAAAUACACGGGAAUGACGGCACAAGCUUUUAUAGAAUAACCCGCAUUAAAAGUACAUCAAGUGCAUAUGCAAGGUUGUUGUUUGAGCUCUUGUUUCCAUGACUUUUUUCCCCUUAAUGUUACCUCAGCUUAAGGGAGGAAACCAAUAACAGAAUGAGGGAGAGUUAUUUUACAUUUUCCUCAGUUGUAAUCCAGUAUGUAAUGUUAUGAUUUAUGUUUAUUAUUUACCUGUCACGUCUGGCCCUUUUCACUCAUGUUACCAAUUGAAUUGUAUUUGAUGAUUUCUAUUUUUUAGGUCAGCUAUUUCUCCCCCUUAAAACGCCACCAUGACCUUAGGAACCUGCUAAGACGUAACUCAUUUUUUUUGAAGAAGAAAAAUACAUUGAGUAUUUGCAGUGUAUACUGUAGUCCUUACUAAUGAUGCACAUUGACCAAUGUUCACAAACAUCCCAACUGUGCCUUAAAUUUGUGUGUUUUCAUUUUUUCAAGAUGGGCACUGCAUUGCUGGGGGAAUGGCACUGAGUUAGAAAAUUUGACAUCCUCACAUUUGGUAUUUUGUAGCCGUCUCCUCAUAUGUUAAACCAAAUGCUCCUGUAUUUAUUAUUUUUUAAAAUCAGCCAUGGUGAUGUAUUUAAUAAUGUCACUGGACCUGUUACAUAUGUGUGUCGUCAUAGAUUUUUUUUUCUAUGAAGGGUCAACCGUACAUCCACUGCCAGACAAUUGUCAGGAUGUGUAAAACAACAAAAUAAAGAGCAUUUUCAGAUAUAAGACUUCUAUCUGC